GUCUUGUGUUUGUCUUGCUCUUCGGACAUGGUUUGAUAUCCAUACACAACUACCAAAUACUGUCUGGGAGAGGACUAGCUAGCUAAUAACAACAUAAUAUGGAACAUCGGUUUGAAGGCUGCAAUUAAAUACAUGAGCAUAUGAAUGCAAUCAGAAAUGUGGAUUAAUCAGGGAAUGCGAGGAAAUAUAGGACAACGGGAUCUCACCUAAUGGAAUGAACCAGUUUGAUCAAAUGAAGCGAGUUGUUUGGAAAGCCACGACGAAUCGAAUGGACUGUCUUUCCAUAAAGAAAUGAAUGCAGGUUUAAUGAACACAUUGUUACGAAUGGGGCACUGGACAUACUAUUACAUUCAAGAAGGAUAACUGGCCUCAGUCGCAGCGUUUCAGAUUCUACCUUGCGAAUGUAUUUGAGUGGCAGGCUAAUUCUUUAGCUUCAGCUAGACCCCUGUCGCGUCGGCGUCAUAGACGACGCUUGUGCCCAGUCACAGAGCGUAGGUGAUGUCGCGGAUGGCAUUCGGCCUCUAUCAGAAUUAACUAGGUAACCAGCCAUUAUUUGCUUAUCAAAAAACAAGUAUUCUCUACACAAGUACUUGGAGAUUGCCUGUGAAAACAUGAGGAAGGUGCUCAGAGCAGUCUCUGAACGGAAUAAGCUCCCCACUAGCUGACGUGAGGAGUUGAAACGUAGCAGGCGGCAGCACUGUGGAACUCUGCGGAAGAAAUUUGAAGAACAAAGGAGAUGGUCACCCUGCUGUGACAUAAUUGGACCGCCGGAGAGGACACGGACGCGCUCGAGCCGUCUGCAGUCAUGAGUCUCCGCACCCCCACCUCAACACUGGACAGGCUAAGCAGCCUGACGAUAGGAGACUCGGAGCGCAACACCUCCAGCGGCCAGCAGAGGGAGCCUCCAGCUGACAUCCCCCCUGAGAACACAGGUCCAGGUCUGGUUCAGAGAUGUGUGGUGGUACAGAAAGACCAGCUGGGGUUUGGCUUCACCGUGUGUGGCGAGAGGAUCAAGCUGGUGCAGAAUGUCCGACCAGGUGGUGCAGCAGUCAAGGCAGGGGUCCACGAGGGAGACAGAAUCAUAAAGGUGAACGGCUCGCUGGUGUCGUCCAUGUCUCACCAGGAGGUGGUGAAGCUCAUCAAGUCUGGGCCGUAUGUUGCCCUGACACUUCAAGGACCGCCCCCUUCAGCAGCCGCCCUCGUCCUCCAACCCCUCCCCGCUGACCUCUUACCCAAUCAGAGGACGUCACUGGGAGGUGAAGCCCCGCCACCACCACCUCCACCCCUGCCCCCCGGACUUACCAGCACCCCCUCCCAAAGAAUCAACAAACCACUACAGAACCUAGAUGUACAGAAACACGCCACUCAGAUCCUCAGGAACAUGUUGGAACAGGGAGAGGCUGAGCUCCAGGACUUGAUGGAGGAGCUGUCACGGAACCCCUCCCCAUCACUGGAGGAGCGAAUCGAUAGUGCCAAGAGGCGCACCCAACAAGUGCGGGUUAAAAUCAAGCAAGAUCUGGAUGGAACUCGCCCCGAAGCUGUGUCCAACUAUGUAAUAGCAGGAGAUGCUCGGCUGUCGGUGGACUCAAGUGAAGGAGACUUUGAGACCUGUGAGAGCCCCCACUCCUCCCCCUCCUUCUUCAGGACCCCCCUACGCUGGAGACAGGGCUCCGACACACACACCUUCUCUGACUCGGCUGGGAAGACUCAGAUCAUUGGCCCCGAGGAAGAGGAGGAAGAGGACGACAGCUAUGCUGUCAAUGAGAUGGACGGUCCAUUUCAGGACAUAGAGCUUCUCAAGUCGAGACCGGCCCAUAUGACGGUGUUCAUGAGAUAUGUCUUCAGCCAGCUACUGGAUCCCAACCCACUGCUGUUCUACCUGUCAGUGGAGGCCUACCUGGGCUCCAGCCCUAAAGACGCCCGUGCCCUCGCGCCUCAGAUCUGCUCCCACUUCCUGGACCCUGACGCUGCGUUAAAAAUCAGAGUACGAGAAGAGUACCUGGCUGAUAUAGAGAGUCGUCUCCAUGCCCAGGAGGACAUCAGGGGACCUCUGUCUGAGCUCCAACAGCAGGUGCUACCUGACAUUCAGGACCAAAUACAGGACUACAGGAACAAGCAGAUGAUGGGUCUGGGCUCUCUGUUUGGAGAGGGAGACCUGCAGCAGCUGGAUGGAGACCCAGCCAAGGAGAAACAGGUGGUGGACAGACAGGUCACUGCUCUCUGGGAGAUACUCUCGAAGCACGAAGACGACAGAAGUUCUCCUCUAGCCUCUGCGGUGCUGUUGUACCUCCGUCACUCGGGCAUUAAGCUGAGGGACUCCAGGGUGUUUCCAGGACUCAGCACUGAGAAGGAGAAGUGGCUCGCCUUUUUCCCCAAGACCAAGAAGCUGAGCAGUGCAAAGAAAGAGAAGGAUGGAGAGGACAGGAAGAGAAACCCCAUCCUAAAGUAUAUCGGCAAGCCCAGGAGCACCUCCCAGUCCACGUUCCAUGUCCCGUUGUCUCCCACUGAAGUGCGUCCUGGCAGUGUGAGGAACAUCAUCCAGCAGUUUGAGAACCACCCAGAGAUCCCCGGGGAGGAGGGGGACGAGGGAGACCUCCAGAGACUGUCCUCCAGCAGCCUGGGAGAGGACAGUAUGGACAGCCCUAUGGUGUCGGUGCGUCUGGCUCGUAGUGAGUCUCUGAAGGCGCAGGGGGAGGGGCGUCGGCGGGGCGGGGCUUCAGGAGUGGAGACAGUCCCUCGUUCCCGUAGCGACGUGGACAUGGAGGACUGUGGGGAGGAGAUAGAGGGGCCGGGCCUGAGACCCCUACACCACAGCGCCUCCUCCUCAGCCACCAGUAGCUCAGCACGAUCCUUGGAGAACCCCACGCCUCCAUACACCCCUCGAUCGUCUAGACGACAGUUUGAGGAGUCCCCGGUGGCCCUGCUCCCUGAUGCCCCAGCCCUAGAGGACGACGUGGUGGACAGUCACAACUGGCAGGAGACAGUGGCCCCUCAGGUCCUGGCUACACUCUGUCCCCGAGAGGUGGACCGACAGGCCGUCAUUUACGAGUUGUUGACGACAGAGGCGUCUCACCUGCGUACUCUCAGGGUCUUGGAUCAGGUGUUUUUCCAGAAGAUGAGGUGUGUUCUGAGCUCUGACGAGCUGGCCUGCAUCUUUCCCAACCUGCCUCAGGUCUACCAACUACAUGUAAGCCUGUGUGAAGCCAUGAAGAAGAAAAGGGAAUCUCCCAUCGUUCAGGGCAUCGGUGACAUCAUGCUGGCCAGGUUUGAGGGCGUGGCGGGGGAGGAGUUUCAGGAGCAGGCGUCCCACCUGUGCAGCCAGCAGUCUCAGGCUCUGGAACUCAUUAAGAACAAGCAGCGCAAAGACCCCCGCUUCACACACAUCAUCCAGGAGUGUGAGGCCAGUCCUCACUGUAGGAGGCUGCAGCUGAAGGACCUGCUGGUGUCUGAGACACAGAGACUCACCAAGUACCCUCUGUUACUGGACAACAUCAUCAAACACACAGAGGCUGGCUCCACAGACCUCCCGCCUCUCCAACGUGCACAGGCCUGCUGCCGUGGGAUUCUGCAGGCCGUCAAUGAAGUCGUCAGGGAGACUGAACACCGGCAACGACUCAACCAAUACCAGCGCAAGCUGGACCCCACGCCACAGUUCAAGAGUCUGGACCUGACCAGUAAGACAAUGAUCCAUGAGGGUCCUCUCACCUGGAAAGUCAGUAAAGACAAAACCUUAGAGAUCCAGGCCCUGCUGCUAUCAGACCUGCUGGUUCUGCUCCAGAGAGGUCCAGACGACCGGCUGCUACUGCGCUGCCCGUCCCGCUGGCUGGGGGGAGGAGGAGGUGGUAGCGGGGACACCAAGGCCUCCUUCAGCCCCGUGGUCCAGCUAGACUCCCUCCUGGUGCGCUCUGUGGCCACAGACAACAAGGCCCUGUACGUCAUCAGCACCACAGAGAGAAAGAUCUAUGAACUGGUAGCGGGGACGUCCUCAGAGAAAAACAUCUGGAAGGACCAACUUGAAAAGACCAUCUCAUUGGUUGCUGGCUCCUCACCUUCGACCAAUAACAGAUCCACACCUAUUUUCUCCCCAAGUCUUGGCAACGCUUCCCCUGUCUCAACUGGCAGCCAUGUCUAUCAAUCAGACGACUCGAUGACGGAGCAGGUGGUUUUCAUGGAGACGGACUCCCCUAACGAUGAGGAUAACGAGCUCACACGCACCACACCAACGGACCAAUCAGGAGCUUUCUUCUGCGGGGAGGGGCAGGACUACGUCAAGCGACGAAUUGGAGUAGCAGAGGCAGCUCUUGAAGACGUGGAGACGCUAAGGCAGCUGAUUUUCCGCGACCUGGAAGAUGGGUGGAGUCACGGCUCAGAUGGCACGCCCACAAACGAGGCAGCCAAUGAGAGGAGCCCGUUCAAUGACCACCAGAGGACGCCGUCCUCUGAGACUCUCCUUAGCGUCAGUCCCAGCCAAUGGGAGGCUGAGCACGCAGAAGCACCGCCCUCGGAAGUGGAGUGCCCAAGUGUGCAUGUUGUGAGGAAAGCUGUGGUUGCGGGCUCCCCUUCUAUCCCUGAUGACAUCACUGAAGAUGUCACCCUCCACUCUGACCAAUCACCUGAGCCGAGAGGCGAGGCCAGUGUACGGGGAAACGUGUUCUACCUGGUGAUGCCUACAGAGCAGGGAGAGGGACUGCUGGAUGAGAGUCACACAGAUGAGGUCAACGACCCCCCCACCCCGACCACCACUGAACUUCCUGAUCUGGAACAGGAAGUGAUUUCAUCGCCCGUACAGACUCAUGAGAAAGAAGGGCAGGUCGCUUCCAUCAUGUCUGCGGACAAUCAAUCGGAGAGGGGAAAUCUGAGUCGGCAGGAAGGGCAGAGUCAAUCACAAAAGAGCCUCCAGAGCCAUAUAAUCAAAAACGUGGAUGACAUUUUCCACACCAUCGAGGAGUUGAUGAGAAAGCUGCACCAGCUGAGGGACAUAGAGACAGCUCAUCACCAGCUCCGGAAAACACUGAGAGAGCCGCCUGUCAAUCCAGAGUCUGGUGACCUCUUUCGUAUCCAGGCAACCAUCGUCAGGACACCGUUUCUGGACCGGGACCCAGGGGACGGAAAGGAGGCGAGCCCAGCAGAGCCAGCCAAGCUGAAGAUCCUCUCCACUGGAUUCUAACGUUGUCAUUUCAGCGAGGACUUAAGACUUACCCCCACCCUGCCGUAGAUAUACGCACACACACACUGAUGGACUGGGACCCCAACUUUUACCCCCUAACCCCCUCUCACACCCCUCACCAUCAGCCCAAUCCCAGCACGCACUGCUCAUGGGAGCAGAAUCCAGGAAGUAUCGGGAUGUCGUUGGCGUUGCCCUGGGAGACCAGGAAUUGAUGCAGGACUGAUGCCCCUGCCCCCUGACACCCAAGGGGCUGCCCCCAGCAUGGAGUUAGGGUGAACUCUGACCUCGGCGGAGCAGGAAAGAGUCCUGGGAUGAGAGGAUGGACAGAUGAAGGGGGGAAAUGGAGAGAAGCAGUGAUGAAACAGUUGUGUGAAGAAGCAAAGAGAGUACAAGAAGUGAGAGGAAUCUAAAUUGCGUAAUGUCAAGGAUAAAAUGUUGAAUGGAAUGAAUAAGGUUGGCUACAUUGGAAGGAGAAGUUAAUAUACUUUGAAAAGAACACUGGGUUUAAGGGAGAGAGUUGAGAAGUGACUGAUGUUUUGACAAAAUAACGACUGGACAACUGAAGGAACCCGGCACUUUACCCACAAUGCAUCCUCUGUCAUGUAUCCAUACGCCAAAGCUGAUUGGACUGGUGAGGGAUAGGACACUGGACAGAUCACCGGCUCCAUUGGGAGUCAAAGCUGCACCUAGUUUGAGCCAAGAUGGUAGUUCUUUACCGCUGGUUGCUUUACAGUAUGCUUGCCAUGGAGGCUGAUCGAAGGACUGUGUCUAUAUAGCUAUAUAUUCAGGUUUAUUGCACUGGGCCAAGAGGAAGGAAGGAGGGAGUAAAGAGAUCACAACAUGCACAGUCCUCAUUCAUCCAUAAAAUCAUUCAUGUUAUGUGAUACAUAUGUUUGAUAAUCACACAGGAGAGAAACGCCAUGAAGGAAGAGGGGUGUUGUUGUUAAGGGAUAACCAAGAUGGCGGUCGGUCAGUCAUUCUGACGUAUGCAGCAAGUCCUGCAUGUAUGUACAGCUGCUAAGCUACAGGAUGGGUUGUCUGUAGCGACAACAUCUUCCCGGUGACCUCAGUAACGCGUCGUGGUAACACUACUACCGCACUGUUCUCUACUGAAUGGCUGUUGUCUCGUCUACAGCGCUACUCCUAGACAUACAUGACCACUACGAAAAAGGAUACAUGUUCAAUGAAUGCACAGAUGUCUAUCAUGUCGUCAUCAUUUCCUAAAGAACGCUCUACUGUAUUGUGUGUGUAAUACUGUGAAUCCCCUCUAUACUACUAUACCAUGACUAGUGUUUGCUGUACUGCCACAAAAAAACAUGAAGGGAUGUUCCUUCAUACAGAGUGGCAUAGGUCUGAACUGAAAGACACCUUUUGCACAGGCGACUUGUAUUCAUUGGGAGAGGAAGUCUGUUAACCCUCUAAGUGUGUGGUCAGCGUACGAUAUGUCUGUGUGACACUACAGUGUGUGUGUGGUCAGCGUACGAUGUCUGUGUGACACUACAGUGUGUGUGUGGUCAGCGUACGAUAUGUCUGUGUGACACUACAGUGUGUGUGUGGUCAGCGUACGAUAUGUCUGUGUGACACUACAGUGUGUGUGGGGUCAGCGUACGAUAUGUCUGUGUGACACUACAUUGUGUGUGUGGUCAGCGUACGAUAUGUCUGUGUGACACUACAGUGUGUGUGUGGUCAGCGUACGAUAUGUCUGUGUGACACUACAGUGUGUGUGUGGUCAGCGUACGAUAUGUCUGUGUGACACUACAGUGUGUGUGUGUGGUCAGCGUACGAUAUGUCUGUGUGACACUACAGUGUGUGUGUGGUCAGCGUACGAUAUGUCUGUGUGACACUACAGUGUGUGUUGUCAGCGUACGAUAUGUCUGUGUGACACUACAGUGUGUGUGUGGUCAGCGUACGAUAUGUCUGUGUGACACUACAGUGUGUGUUGUCAGCGUACGAUAUGUCUGUGUGACACUACAGUGUGUGUGUGGUCAGCGUACGAUAUGUCUGUGUGACACUACAGUGUGUGUGUGGUCAGCGUACGAUAUGUCUGUGUGACACUACAGUGUGUGUGUGGUCAGCGUACGAUAUGUCUGUGUGACACUACAGUGUGUGUGUGUGGUCAGCGUACGAUAUGUCUGUGUGACACUACAGUGUGUGUGUGGUCAGCGUACGAUAUGUCUGUGUGACACUACAGUGUGUGUUGUCAGCGUACGAUAUGUCUGUGUGACACUACAGUGUGUGUUGUCAGCGUACGAUAUGUCUGUGUGACACUACAGUGUGUGUUGUCAGCGUAUGAUAUGUCUGUGACACUACAGUGUGUG